AUGUUUGCUCGAGACAUCGCUCCAGAUUCCUCAAGUCCAUUAAGCACACAAAAUCUCUACGGAGUACAUCCUUUCUACAUUUGUAUGGAAAAUGAUGGUCUGGCUCAUGGUGUGUUUAUUUUCAACUCUAAUGCGCAGGAGGUAGUCACUGGACCCGCUCCUCAUUUGAUUUAUCGUACUAUCGGUGGCCAACUGGAUAUUGCAUUCUUUCCUGGUCCAACACCUGAGGAGGUUGUCCAGCAGUACUUAGCGCAUAUAGGAACUCCUUUUCUGCCAGCAUACUGGGCACUUGGCUACCAGCUUUCUCGAUGGAACUACAAGGAUCUAGACGAAAUGAAGGCAGUAAUAGCUCGUACGCAAGCAGCACAGGUGCCAUUGGAUGUUGCAGUUGCUGAUAUUGACUACAUGGAUCGCUAUAAGGAUUUUACAGUAGGAAAGGUGAGUAGCUUAUUUGAUAAAAGUGGAACUAUGGACUGGGAAAAUAAUGACCAAACUAAUGACCAAACCGAUGCUGUAUUUGAUUGA